GAUGUAGUUUGCUUCAGCUGACAGCGGAGGCCCAGCAGAGUGGAACAGUCUUUCCGGGCAGCCAAACAGCGAGUCUGGCGUCUUUGCCGAGAGCGAAAGACAGCCGAUGAUAAACUGCUAGUACAUCUAUAUGCACCGUCUGCGUUAACAGCCCUUUGCGCUAAAACGUCCAGUGCGGCCCGGUGCUGAGGAUUUCAAUAAGCAUCUACAACGGCUAACAGGGCACAGCUAAAACAGUUAGCCGCAGCCGCACACAGGUAUGUCUGAAGUUAGUCUUGAGGCAGAGUCGGGGAAGACCUCAUCCGAGGAGCCUCAGGUGGAUUGUGAGGAGGAUGGCAAAGCAGAGGAGAGUUUGAGCAAGGAGUUAAAGCAGGAGAGCGUAGACAGCAGCAGUGUCAGGGAGGACGAUGUGAUGUAUGACAUUGACAUUAACAGUGAUGAAGAGAAUGCAGAAAGCAGUAACAGGAAGGGACAGAAGGCGCAUGAUGAGGGCAUUCAGAGCGAGACUUUGGCGUCUGGUCAUGUAGCCGAUAGGGGACACGGGACGAAACGCAGCGUUGAAACGGCUGAAACACCACAGGAAAGCGGAGAUACUCGCACUGAAACAAAGGAGAGCACAAUGGCCGAGGAGUCCCACAGAAGCACAGCGGCGGAGAUCUCCGUCACCAGCAAUGGAGAACUAGAGCAGAGCCCCGAGUCUGUAUUCAGCAGGGACUCUUAUCCCAGUGGCCCGGGGGCCAUAAACCUUUCAGAGACUUGUGUCACAUCAAGCAACUUUGCCUCAACCACGGAGGGCAUCAUUGAAUCAGGACCAUACAAAGGGUCAGCAAGCCUGCCCACAUCUCCCGUGUCACCUGUAGCUCCCAGCUCGGCUGUUGCCAGCCGCCUGGCGCGCUCUUCCAGCGAUAGUCAGGCUGAGAAAGGCUCGAUGACAGCACAGCCAAAGAGCGGAGCGGUGGUGCUUUCAGAAGACUUAAAGAAUCCAGCGAUGGAAAAACUGGACCUAGUGAGGAAGUGGAGCAUCAACACAUAUAAGUGUACCAGGCAGAUCCUGUCAGAAAAGCUGGGUCGAGGCUCGCGGACCGUGGACCUGGAGCUAGAGGCCCAAAUCGAAGUCCUCCGUGACAACAAGAGAAAGUACCAGCAUGUGAUCAAGCUGGCUCAGAUGCUGGCCAGUCAGCUCUCCCAGAUCAUGCAGACACAGAGGCAGCUGGGAGAUGCCUUCGCCGACCUCAGCCUCAAGACACCGGAACUCCACGAGGAGUUUGGAUACAACGCUGAAACCCAAAAGCUGUUGUCCAAAAACGGAGAUACGCUGCUGGCUGCCAUCAACUUCUUCAUCUCCAGUGUGAACACGCUCGUGGACAAAACAAUCGAAGACACCAUGAUCAAUAUCAAACAGUAUGAAGCUGCAAGGGUUGAGUAUGAUGCAUACCGUACAGAUCUGGAGGAGUUGAAUCUGGGGCCGCGUGACGCCAACACCAUGCCGAAGAUCGAGCUGUCUCAGCAGCAGUUCCAGAUCCACCGCGAGAAAUACGAGAGGAUGCGAAACGACGUCUCCGUUAAGCUGAAGUUCCUGGAGGAGAACAAGGUGAAAGUUCUGCAUAAUCAGCUCAUCCUGUUCCACAAUGCCAUCGCUGCAUACUAUGCUGGAAAUCAACAGCAGCUGGAACAGACACUCAAGCAGUUCCACAUCAAGUUGAAAAUGCCAGGCGGGGACAGUCCAUCUUGGCUGGAAGAGCACUAAUCAUUCCUUUUCGAAACCUUUUUGGCUCCAUUUGACAGGAUAUGUCAAAUUUACAGAGAAACUACAGGAGCUUUCUUCCCUCUUUAACGCUAUUCUCACUGCUUUUCGAACUUUGAGAACUGUAAAUGAAAAUAAUGCAAAAAAGGAAAAAAAAAAAACUCCCACAUUCCAUUUUUCUUUGUUAAAUUUUUUUUCUUCUUCUUGGUUAUUUCAGAUCAUUGAAACACGCACUUUUACACUGUUUGACAGAUGUGUCAAACAGAUGUUGCUGCAGUAAACGUGUUUGGAAACUCUACAUGGCCUUUUGUAUUCCAGCGUAUGAUUGUUGUAUCCCAGCACAGUGGACAUGUUGGCUUUGUAAAGUGGGGCAGCUAUGGGAUCGAAACAACUGCCGUUUUACUCACAUUCUUUAUACUGCUCUUAUCAGCCGAUGAAUGCUUUGCAAAAGAUAAGCAGGACGCUUUUUUCUUUUCUUUUUUUUAAAUGCAAAGCCUUUAAUGAAUUGAUCAAUUUUACCCACAAACUCUGAUUAAAGUGGUAGUUUGAUAUUUUGGGAAUUUGCUUUCUUGCCUAGGCUCAUGUAAGAUCUGCUCUGUCCUCUCAGUUUAAAGCCAGCAGCUUAGGAUAAAAACUGGACACGAGGGUACUCUUUCCACCGGUUAGAAAGGAACCUGCCUCCUAAUACCUCUAAAGUUCAUGAAUACAAAAAGCCAAAGUGUAUGAAAUCAAGGUGUGCUUGUGCAGAGGUAAAACCAGGCAGCCAUGUUUCUGAUUGUGAAUUUUAUGCUAAGCUACUAUAACUGACUUCUUCCUCUGGAUGAGCUAGAUGGCCGUCCAUCCCCACAUUUGUGCAAAAACCAAAGUUUUCCCAAAUGUUUGAAACACUCCGUGCAAAGAGAUGGCAGUUCAGAUGACGUUUACACAAUCCCUCUGUUUUUAGGACUUCUGGGGGUUUUAUUGUUGUUGUUUUGUCUACAUUCAGGGCUCGCGGUUGAAUGGGUAAAAGUGCUGAUAAAAUGAAGGAUCAGCCUUAUGUGAAUAGAUGUGCCUUGAUUUCUUGAAUUGGUUCUCCUCAAAUCCAUGCUGUCUGGUCUUCUUGUUAAAAGCAGGUGCGCUCGCUACCAGUGUUCAGAGAAUGGAGCAAACGAGCACCUUCCACCCUCGUAGAUGGAUUCUACAAUUUUACACGUUUAAACGCAGCACAAAUAAAAGGAAAACACCAGUACCUUGGUGAAGACGUGCCGUUCUCAAACAUACUUAUCCAUUUUGCACACGUGCACAUUUCUGAAAUUGAGAUCAAAAACUUGUUAGAAGUGUGUGACAUGUACGUUUUAAACCAAAAUGCAAUUAACUUGAGAGAUAUUGUCUUUUGUAAAUUUAAACACCAGCAUUCUUUUGCGUAGGCUGCAUACGGUUUCCUUCGAUGGGCUGUGUGAAAGUAUGAUUAUUCCAAAGGGGCCGCUCUGUCUGGUAGUGUGGUCCUCACUUUGUGGAUUUGUACUUCUCCUGUGGCUCGCUAUAGCAGUGUGAGAGCGUGAAUCUUGUACAACAAUCUGUUCCUUAAAAUAGAUGGCUAUAUAUUUUUAAUCUCUAUUUGAUUUUUAGUAUGACAAAAAUGCUGCCUUUUGGCGUUGUUUUCCUAAAGACCUGCAUAAUGGUGUGCUACUGUGGUAGCACCGUGUCACAGUGGGCAUCUACCUUUGUAAUAAUGAAACAUUAACAAAUGUUGAGUUAAAAGGAUUCUGAAUGUUGUGUAACCUUUUUUGGGG